UCCUCUUUUCCUGUUGUGUUGAGGAAGUUUGUGUCAGCGGCAAAAGUAUCGAUCCACCAGAGCCUCUGUACUCGGACAAACCUGUCUCAGUGGACUUUUCCUUUUCUAAAUGUUUUGUGUCCGACUAAUCUUCCGUUAGACAACAGAGCAUGGACUGUAUUUAAGCUACAGAGCUGCUGGAGUUAGCUUAGCUUAGCAUGCUAGCUGGUUAGCACCACGGCGCUAGUCAGAGUGACUGUUUGAUGGAGGGAAAACUGUGUUUCUGACGGAGUUUGUGUGGAGAAAAAGUUGGUGUUACUGUGUGAAAAAUGUCUAAAGUCCAAACGGUGAGAGCGCUGGUGGAGCAGCGACUGACUGCGGCUGCUGAAGAGAUAUUUGGGCUGUUUGAAAGAACGAUAGCAGAGUACGAGGAGCAACUUUGUCGUUCAGAAGAGAAGAACGAGCGACAACAGAAACUACUGGACGCUGUUUUCAACCCUCAGAUUCACUUACACAGAGCAGACAUCCAGCAGCUGCUGGUGGUUAAAGAGGAGAUUCCCUCUGAGCAGCAGGAGAGGAGCUCCACUCUAGACCAGGAGGACCCAGAGCCCCCACACAUUAAAGAGCAACAGGAGAAACCUUGGACCAGUCAGCAGGGAGAGCAGCUUCAAUGGCUGGAGGAGGCUGAUAUCACCAAGGUUACAUCCACUCCUGUUUCUGUGCAGAGUGAAGAAGAUGAAGAGAAACCUCAGUCCUCACAUCAAACACAAACUGAACAAUUGAAAACAGAAGCUGAUGGCGAGGACUGUGGAGGACCAGAACCAGACAGGAACUCUGAUCCAGAUCCACAUUUACAACCUGAUUCAAAUCAACAGCCGGGAGACUCUUCUGAACCUGAGACUGAUGACAGUGCUGAUUGGACAGAGACAGAAGAACCUCACUCACGUUUAAAUUGUCUGAAAAAAGAUGGCGGCCCUGUCGCAGAUUCCAGAUUGAGGGCUGGAAAGAAGUCUUUCAGCUGCUCAUUGUGUAAUAAAUCUUUUACACACAGGGGGAAUUUUACUAACCACAUGAAAGUUCACACAGGAGAGAAAUCUCUCAGCUGCUCAGUGUGUAAUAAACCUUUUACACACAGGGGGAAUUUUAAUAAACACAUGAGAGUUCACACAGGAGAGAAACCUUUCAGCUGCUCAGUUUGUAAGAACGCUUUUCCACGGAGGUGGGGUUUAAAGGUUCACAUGAGACAACACACAGGAGAGAAACCUUUCAGUUGCUCAACGGUGAGAGCGCUGGUGGAGCAGCGACUGACUGCGGCUGCUGAAGAGAUAUUUGGGCUGUUUGAAAGAACGAUAGCAGAGUACGAGGAGCAACUUUGUCGUUCAAAAGAGAAGAACGAGCGACAACAGAAACUACUGGACGCUGUUUUCAACCCUCAGAUUCAGCUACACAGAGCAGACGUUCAGCAGCUGUCGGUGAGCGAAGACGAGUUUCCCUCUGAGCAGCAGGAGAGGAGCUGCAGUCUGGACCAAGACCGGGAGGAGCCAGAGCCGCCACACAUUAAAGAGGAACAGGAGGAACUUUGGAGCAGUCAGCAGGGAGAGCAGCUUCAGGGGCUGGAGGAGGCUGAUAUCACCAAGUUCACAUUCACUCCUGUCCCUGUGAAGAGUGAAGAAGAUGAAGAGAAACCUCAGUCCUCACAGCUUCAUCAAACACAAACUGAACAGAUGGAAACAGAAGCUGAUGGAGAGGACUGUGGAGGACCAGAACCAGACAGGAACUCUGAUCCAGAUCCACAUUUACAACCUGAUACUGAGGAUGAGUCUGCAGACUCUUCUGAACCUGAGACUGAUGACAGUGCUGAUUGGAAGGAGACCAGAGAACCUCAGUCAGGUUUGAACUGCUUGAAAAAAGAUCGCCGCCCUGUCAGAGAUUCCAUAUUUAGUGCUGAUGAGAAACAAUUUAGCUGCUGUGAGAGUGGGAAAAGAUUUGGCUACAAGAGCCAUUUGAAGAGACACAUGAGACUCCACACAGGAGAGAAACCUUUCAGCUGCUCAGUUUGUACGAAAAAGUUUACACAGAGUGGAGCUUUAAAGUCACACAUGAGACUCCACACAGGAGAGAGACCUUUCAGCUGCUCAGUUUGUAAGAAAACUUUUACACAGGGUGGACAUUUAAAGUCACAUAUGAGCUUCCACACAGGAGAGAGACCUUUCAGCUGCUCAGUUUGUAAGAAAACUUUUACACUGAGUGGACAUUUAAAGUCACAUAUGAGCUUACACACAGGAGAGAGACCUUUCAGCUGCUCAGUUUGUAAGAAAACUUUUACACUGAGUGGAGCUUUAAAGUCACACAUGAGACUCCACACAGGAGAGAGACCUUUCAGCUGCUCAGUUUGUAAGAAAACUUUUACACGGAGUGGAAUUUUAAAGUCACACAUGAGAGUCCACACAGGAGAGAGACCUUUCAGCUGCUCAGUUUGUAAGAAAACUUUUACACAGAGUGGACAUUUAAAGUCACAUAUGAGCUUCCACACAGGAGAGAGACCUUUCAGCUGCUCAGUUUGUAAGAAAACUUUUACACUGAGUGGAACUUUAAAGUCACACAUGAGACUCCACACAGGAGAGAGACCUUUCAGCUGCUCAGUUUGUAAGAAAACGUUUACACGGAGUGGAAUUUUAAAGUCACACAUGAGAGUCCACACAGGAGAGAGACCUUUCAGCUGCUCAGUUUGUAAGAAAACUUUCCCACAGAGUGGAAAGUUAAAGGAACACAUGAGAGUCCACACAGGAGAGAGACCUUUCAGCUGCUCAGUUUGUAAGAAAACUUUCACACAGAGUGGAACGUUAAAGGAACACAUGAGAGUCCACACAGGAGAGAGACCUUUCAGCUGCUCAGUUUGUAAGAAAACUUUUACACUGAGUGGAGCUUUAAAGUCACACAUGAGACUCCACACAGGAGAGAGACCUUUCAGCUGCUCAGUUUGUAAGAAAACUUUUACACGGCGUGGACAUUUAAAGAGACACAUGAGAGUCCACACAUGAGAGAAACCUUUCAUAAAUGUGCUGGCCGCUCGUCCUCAAAGUUUCAUCAAACUGAGGAGAACAAAAGGCAGAGCCUCCAGCCAGCAGCCCACAUGAAGAGAUGCAAACCUCUUUUUCAAUCUUUUUGAAGGACUCGAGAAAUAUUUUCAAGUCUUUUUUUAAAUGCUACAAAGCUUGUAGUAACUUUAUAAAUAUUUAUUCUAUUUGUAUGAAAUGUACUAACAAUCUCAAUAUAAUUAAACAAUACUUUCUUUUCCAUGAUGUGAUAUAUUCAUUUCCUUUUUUUGUUUGUUUUACAAAACAAAAGUUUGCAAACUGAUAUUUUAAUUCAAUAUUAAAAAAAAAAGUGCAGAGGCCUGUACUACGAAGCAGGAUUUGAGGGUCAGUGAGGUAACCUGAGGUUUAACCCUGGUUAUCAGUAUCUCUGUCUGAACUGACUGUUAACACUGUUGAGAGCAUCAAAGCAAAAAUAAUCUGAAAUUUAAAACAUUCUGGUUUGUUUAACACUUGUUUUAAUAACAUAAUUCCAAAUGUGUUCCAUCAGAGAUUUGAUUUUCUUGAAUAUGAAUCUAUAAUGUAGAAGAUUUAAUGAAAGUAAAUCAACCAGUGAGUCAGAAGGUGAGACAGCUUCUGUAUAUUAAUAGAAUAAUUACUGUUCUCUAAUAUUCUGAUUAAAUAUUCUGACUUAUGUGCAGAUCUAUGUUCUCUCAGGCUGUUUUAUUUAAUGACUUAAUUGUUGUCUGCACAAUAACAAACCUCACAUCUGUGUGUGUGUGUGUGUGUGUGUGUGUGUUGACUGUAUAUAAAAAUGUUGAAAAUAAAAAAGUUCUGCUUUUUGAGACGCCUUUAUAAAAACUUAACAUUUAAAUGAUUUAGUGUUUAUAGAGAUGACUCUUUCCUGUAUUAGUCCCUCCAUGAGGACAGUUUUAGUGUUCCAGCAGCAAAAUAAGUAUAAACAAUAACAAAAUUUCUCUUUACUCUGACCACAUUAGGACUUCUGUAUUUUUUCUAUUUUAUAAAUGUCAUAUACCACGUAUACUAUACUGUGUAUAUCUCUGCACAUAUUUAAUAUAUUUAUUCAUUGAGGUUCAUACCACUACAUGCUACAACUUAAUUAACCUAUUUAACAUGCUAAAAUAUAUUUCCUCCAAUGUGCAAUAUCUGUAAAAUGCAAUCAGGAAAACAAACAAACAGAAAAACUAUAUAUUAUUAAUAAUGCCAAAUAGCAGAAAUCUAUUUAUAUAAUGUCUAUAAUAUGUAUUAUUUCUUAUAUUCUUUAUUCUGUUUUCUAUAUCUAUGUGUCUGUAUGUUGAGCCACUGUGAUGACUGAAGGAUAAAUAAAGUCUGCUCCAAGGUUAUUAUAGUUAACGAAAACUAACGAAAUAAUGAAAACUAGAUUUAUUUAUUUUUUCGCUGACUGAAAUUAAAACAAAAACAAGAGUUUUUAAAAAUGGAUAACAAACUGAAACUGUCUUGUGUGUUUACAAAACUAACAAAAAUUAUAGUGAAAACCCUUUUUGGUUGAUAUGAAAUCUAUUUAAUCUGGUUUUAUGACUAAAUAAAUGUAUUGGGGCUGAGAUGGAUCACACAAUGAAAAUAAAGGAAACAUUUAUUUUAUAUUGAAGAGGUUCAUUAGGCCUACUGAUAUAAUUUUUUACACUGUUUCUACACUCCUCAUGGGUGAAUUUUAUGUUCCCAGUUUCGUCAAUGGUGUUCAGAUGGUCUGAGUCUUUGUGUGUGGCCGGUCUUAAUCUUCUCCAGGAUAUCGUCCACAUAGCGUCUCCAGAGGGACACACCAACACCACGUGACACCUCUGAUGAAGGCUACAGAGGCAAGGUAGCCAAGACUUGUCAGAUACUGAUGAAAAGACUGGAGAUUCUUGUGAACCUGAGACUGAUGACGGGUGGUUGGAAGUAAACCAGAAAAACUCAGUCUGCUGUAAAUUCUUAGAAAAAGGUCAGUGUGGAUAAAGUCUUUUUAUAAAGCCCUUGGACUUUUCAGAGGGUGCGGUGGAUUCAGUUUGAAGGCUACUUAAGUUACCAUCUCUUGUUGGGAAGGGGGUGAAAUAUUUGUCCAUGAAACAUGUUUAAAUAACAAACAGGCAUUUUUUUUAUUAGACACAAACAUAACAAUUCAAAGAAAAACAAAUACAAUGUAUAUUGAAACAAACAUACCAAAGAAUAUAUUUGUUAUAUAGUGCUCCUCUUUCUCUCUCUCAAUCAAUCUAUAUCUCUCUUUUCCUCUCAAUCUUUUUUAAGGAGUGGAGAUUUUCAAGUCAUUUUUAAAUUCCACAGAUGUUUGAGUAACUUCUAAUAAAUCUAUAAAAUUUGUAAAAUAAAAAAAUAAAUUUGGGAAAAUAAAAUGUACCCACAAUCAAAUUAUGAAACAUUAGUUUGUUUUCCAUGAUGUGAUAUGAUAUUAAUUUCCUUUUUGUUCAUUUUUUGUUUUACAAAACAAAAGUUCACAAACUGAGAUUUUAAUGAGAUAUUUGAUUGUAGAAGUGUAACAAAUGCAACAGUAUUCAUUUUAACAGUAGGAUAAAAUAAACAUGUUCUUAAUAUACGAAAGUUGCCUAGAAGUUGUUGGUAUUUAAAUUUCAGUGUUUCUGUUUCAUCAUCCUCUUCAUGUCCUGUUGGCAUGUUAAUCUCAGGUUCAUAUCUGAUCUAUGUUCUCUGUUAGCAUGUUCUGGUGCCUUGUUUUUAAAUGAUUCCUUUCAAAUAAAUGUUGUU